CCGAGCCGAAGGCAGACGCCUAACUGCCCGAGCCCCCCAGCCCCCCAUUCUGCAGUUUGCCUUUAACUGAGUCACCGGAGUGUUGCAGGAAGCUCUGUGUGUGCCCUUGCCAAGGGGUCUCGUCCAUCAGGUGCACUUGUGACUUCGUGCCUAAAUCAUGGGAUGCCUCUUCCUUUCACGGUGAUGAAAAAGGCUUUCAGAGUCGAAUGCAGGGCACUGCUGACACGUGUGGGGAGUGACUCCGUGGGUGCGCUGCUGCCUUGUCUCCCAGGGGCUUUGCUUUGUGGUUGUGCGUCGCAUCUAUUCUGAAGAGUGGGUUGGAGCAGGAGACUUGGGGCCUCUGGAUCAGUGCUACUUCCCUGCCCAUGUCCCCGUGGGCAGCACAGCGAGGGCCGCAUGGCCGGCCGCACGAGAGGUGGAUCGUGCCCGGAGAGGACCCGCACCUGGAGCCAUGCGGUGCCCUGCUCGUUCUCUGCAGUUGCCGCUGUGUGGACUCAGCGCAGCGAAGCCAGUGUAAGCUCUGGACACCGGCAGCCGAGUCAACUCGGACUUCUUCUGACACAGGUGUUUCUGUGCCAGCAUGACUUUGAUCUAGAACUGUCUGCUGUGGAGUGAGGUUCCACACUGGCCGGGUCCUGGGAGAUGGACAUCAGCGGCAGGGAGAGAGGCAGCCCCGGGCUUGGCUUGUGGCCCGCGCGGCCCCAGAAGUUGUGCGUCUUCCUUCCUUGGUUUGUCUAUUCUUUAAAUGCGAGUUUUCUAAAAUACUUUCUUCUCCACUUUGAGCAGCGUUGGACUUUCAGACAGCUGAUGGCAGGAGACCUCCGUGUCCAUUGUGCAGUGCUGAGAUAGUGAGGCCCUGGCUGCCCGGGACCUUCCUGGCCGAGUGUCCGGGCCUGGCCCGUCUGCCCUGGACGGGGGCGCUCGCAGCCCCCUGCAUUCGUGUAGGGCGAGCUAGAAUGUGUGGAGGCAGCCCCAGCACAGGUGCACCGGACCGAGGUCUCCGCGGCCGAGAAAGGGAAGCCGUGAGCAUGGGCAGCUGUCCCCACCGGCCGCGGCAGGUGUUCGCCGAGGAAGGCAGCCUUCCGGUGACCCAUGGCUGGUGCCACGCGGGGGCUUGGGUGCUCCCACAGAGCCCCGCCGUGCUCGCAGGGCAGCCAUCACUGGCGCUGGGAGCCAGGGACUGCCCUGCUCUCUGCAGGCCGGGGUUGCCUGAGACCCAGCCUGGCCUCGGGAGUUUGUGUGCCCGCGGCCGCCAAAGGGACCGUGACCGAGAUCGGAAAAGGUCGAGCGCGCAGCCCGUUGAUGUGGGCGCCAGGAUGGGCAGGGCUGGGUGAGCCAGGCGUCCAGACCACGCUGUCGUCUGUCCACGGUGGGCUGUACGUCGUGAUCGGAGACGGUACUGGUCGUCGAGGCCACGGCAGGACAGGGGCCUUGGCCCUGAAGGAAGGUGCAGGGUACAGAGAAACCAUGAGGCCCGUGGCACUAAUCACAGCCUGUGAGGCCUCGGGGGAGAGGCCACAGAAUCUGCUCCCCUCCGUUGGCUCCGUUCCGGGACGUGCGGCUCGGCUCUGCCCGUUGUUCAGACACCAUUUGCCUCUGACUCGAGAUGAUGUGAUGUUUUAUUAUAAAACUCACUCACCAUGAUGGCCACACAGACCUUGAGCAUAGACAGCUAUCAGGAUGGGCAGCAGAUGCAAGUAGUAACAGAGUUAAAAACGGAGCAAGACCCCAACUGCUCUGAGCCCGAUGUGGAAGGAGUAAGCCCCCCACCCGUGGGGUCCCAGACGCCAAUGGACGCGGACAAGCAGGCCAUUUAUAGGCACCCGCUGUUUCCGUUAUUAGCUUUGCUGUUUGAAAAAUGCGAACAGUCCACGCAGGGCUCCGAAGGCACAACUUCUGCUAGCUUCGAUGUGGAUAUCGAAAAUUUUGUACGGAAGCAGGAGAAGGAAGGGAAACCCUUCUUUUGUGAAGAUCCGGAAACUGACAAUUUAAUGGUAAAAGCAAUCCAGGUUUUGCGUAUCCAUCUUCUUGAGCUGGAAAAGGUUAAUGAACUGUGCAAAGACUUCUGCAGUCGAUACAUCGCUUGUCUAAAGACGAAAAUGAACAGUGAGACUCUGCUGAGCGGAGAGCCCGGAAGCCCGUAUUCCCCCGUCCAGUCCCAGCAGAUUCAAAGCGCCAUCUCAGGCACUCUCAGCCCCCAGGGAAUCGUGGUGCCGGCGUCUGCGCUGCAACAGGGGAACGUCACCAUGGCGACGGUGGCAGGUGGCACCGUGUACCAGCCUGUCACAGUCGUCACUCCUCAAGGCCAAGUAGUGACACAAACGCUGUCGCCCGGCACCAUCAGGAUCCAGAACUCCCAGCUUCAGUUGCAGUUAAACCAAGACCUGAGCAUCUUGCAUCAAGAUGACGGCUCCUCUAAGAACAAACGGGGCGUUCUACCGAAGCACGCCACCAACGUGAUGCGGUCGUGGCUCUUCCAGCACAUCGGGCACCCCUACCCGACAGAAGAUGAGAAAAAACAGAUUGCUGCUCAGACAAAUUUGACACUACUCCAAGUUAACAACUGGUUCAUCAACGCCAGAAGACGGAUUCUUCAGCCCAUGCUGGAUUCUAGCUGUUCAGAAACCCCAAAAACUAAGAAGAAAACUGCUCAGAACAGACCGGUCCAGAGGUUUUGGCCUGACUCCAUUGCCUCCGGAGCUGCGCAGCCGCCCCCCAGCGAGCUGGCCAUGUCUGAAGGAGCCGUUGUGACCAUCACCGCGCCCGUGAGCAUGAACGUGGACAGCCUCCAGUCCCUGUCCUCGGACGGCGCCACCCUGGCGGUGCAGCAGGUCAUGAUGGCGGAGCAGAGCGAGGACGAGUCUGUGGACAGCACGGGGGACAGUGGGGCCGCGCUGGCCCCCGCCCACAUCAGCAGCCUCGUCCUGGAGAACAGCGACUCCCUGCAGUAGGCCCCGGCGCGGCCCGGAACCGUGGGGCGGGCCGGCCUGACCUUUACAGUUUGCACGGCAAACCUUUUACACAGUUUUAUUCUAAUAUGUUUUAUAUGUAGAUAGAGAAGAGUGCACUUUUGUAUUUCAUAGUACGCUUCAAGAGCAUCUUUGCUGGUGCAGCGACUUCUUUCGAGUGUGCGCGCGCGUGUGUGUGUGUGUGUGUGUGUGUGCGCGUGCGUGUGGGUUUUUAAGGAAAUUCUUUAAAGGUUUAACGCUAAGAAUGUGAUGAGUGGCAAACACCCCUGUGAGCCCCUAAUUAGAUUAAGGAAUAGUGCUGCCAUUUUCUAAGAAAUUACGCAGUUUUAACUUAGUUCUGUGGUUGAAGCAGGUCUCAGUGGGCUGAUCUCUUGUGCGGUCCACGGAUUAGGAAGACGCUUCUGCGUCCUAAAGCCGCCCGUGCCAGGCAGACGCCGCACGGUGGCAAAGUGGGUGUGGCUCCGCGGUGGGCCCUCUGAACACACGUAGGUUCUCGCACAUUCCGUGAGCCUGUUUCAUUUGCUAUAGAUGAAAAAGAAACUCCUAUUUUUACCUUGCUGGAAUUAUUGGAUAAAAAGCUAUUUUUAUAAAUUCGUUAUGAAUUGGAUGACUAUAUUGAGGAUAAAAUUUCUAGAGGAGAAACAAUACGUGCUUACUACUUCAAUUUGGAAUGUUGUGAACUGACCAAAUUCCGUGAACCUGCCCAAAGUUAGCUAGCAUUCCACGGUUCUCUGCCGUCCCAGGCUGGUGGUUCGUAUUUACGAGUAUGAAGGAAGCAGCUGUUGAAUGAAAUUUUGGUACCUGCGAAUUUUAGUUGCUACGUGAAUGCUCACAUCACAUCUUACUCUCGAUCCGGACAUAGACCUAAGGGAUUGCUAAACAGGGCUAGUAAGUCAGGUGACGCGGCGGCCAGCGACCGGAGAACAGCUCACCGCCUGUGUUUCUGUCUGAUCUGAGUCUGACUGCAGUUAAAUGGUUACUGUCCCAGAUAGCUGUGUGUUGCUCUAGGACGUUUUCGUCAGCCAUGUGUCACAUGUAGAAUGUUCAUUACAAACUAAUACAAAACGUCCUCUACCCGCUGGCUCCGAGUGAGGGCCCAUAAGCCACGCUAGCUCUGUUACGUAAUUAACAUCUUCCUGAAGUGACACGGGGACCCAGAAUGGCAGACUCUCCUGCCGUUGGGCCCGGUGUCCAUUUUCCCUCCUUGUCCGUUGUUGCUUUGGCAUUUCCAGAGCCCUGCCCCUCGGGCUUGUACUCACGAGAUUUGGAAUAAUUGUAGGACUUCCGUUCCCGGGGGACAAGACAAACCAGAAGAGGAGACUGGGUUUUGUUUCCUUUGUUUUCAUGUAGUUGCAAGUGGGGCUCUUCCUCAGAGCAAAACCAAGCCGCCUUGUCUCGUGAAGUCUUUACGUGGUCUGACAGGGGACGCCCGCUGUCCGUGUGGCCGAACGGUAGUUCAUGGUCAGGAAAGUUGCCCGUUCUUGAGGUUCGACGGCGGUAGCUGCCUGCAGACCACGCUGACACUGAGGGGACAUUUUGAGCGAGGGAAGAUUUUGUUCUGCAACUGACUUCUUCCCCCCAAAUUUAUUGAUUAAUCACAGAAGAGCAUUUCCUAGAUAACUUAGAAGACAGUUAGAAAUACUUGGAAAUUUCUCUUAAAAAUAUUUCAGGAACUUUAGAAGAAAAACACAACUAUUAACUCUUGGCAAGAGAGUCACGUUUGUAAGCAGCGGUUACAUUCCUUAUUUAUAAAUGGUUUGUAAUUUUUUAGCAAGUCUUCCCCAGUUUAAAAGAUGAUUUUAACUUGACCUGAAGUCUGGUAUUGUUGGACUUCUUGAAGCGAGGACCUGUGGAGGCCGGCCGGCUUCCUGCGGCCGCAGGUCCCCGGGCCUCCUAGCCGCCCUGCUCCUUGGGUGAGUGCAGACGUACUCCCGGUGCGGACCCCCAGCGUCACCGUCUCCCUCCCCGCCCAGGGACUCCCAGUGGUCACCAUCUCCCUCCCCGUGCAGGGAUUCACAGUGGUCACCCUAUCUCUCCCUGCUCAGGGACUCCCAGCAGUCUCUGUCUCCCUCCCCACCUAGGGACUCCCAGGGCUCACUGUCUCCCUCCCUGCCCAGGGAUCCUGCAAGGGGCAGCCCGGCAGUCCAGGGCUCCCGUGCAGAGUCCCACCCCCCACUGGCCUGAGGCCUCCAGGCCCAGUGAUGCCGCGCGCGCUCCCUUUGGCUGAGGCUGGGGUUCUCGGGCUCUCCGUUCUCACUGGGCUCCGAGCACUGGGAUGAACCAUUCAGAGAGAGGCACGGAGGGUGGCCUGAGAUUCCGGCAGACUUCCCGGGACGCCCAGGUGCCCAUGCACGUCUGGGCAUAUGGCAGAGCUGAUUGGGGUCAGAGAGCCGCCACCCAGCGCACUGUCAGUCCGUCUGCAUUGUAGAAACCUCCAUCCCCAGCCCUCCGGCAUUCCAGAGCAGCUGUGCAAAGGGGACGCUGUCGAACGUUCCUUUUUGGUGAGUGGAUGUGAUCCUGACCUUACACUAGAACGUGCCUUGGAUGCGUUCUGAGGCCCAGAGGAAGCCAGCCGUCCCCUCUGUGCCAUGGCUGAGCAGGGAGCCCGACAGGCUGGGCCACUGCCCUCCCCGGGGGAGCAUCGUCCACUCUGCCCGCAGUGCCCCGAUUGCCGCCAGCCCAGGGAGGGUGCUGAGUGAGGGGGGCGGCCUGGGGGGCCUUCCCUGCGGGGCGAGUGGCCAGGGCUUGCCUUCUAGACACACUCAAGCACAGCCAGUCGGAGGGAGAAGGACGUCUCUGGCCGGUCGUGACAGAAGUGACUCCACGGUCUGCCUUCGUUUUAGUUACGUUUGGUCUAUGAACUGACAAUCUUUAAAAUGUGAAUACUGUAACAAUAUGUUUUCUUGGAUUGUUGUCUUUCAAAGGGAUUUUUGUGAAGCAUUUGAUUUAUCAAAGCAAAAAAAAUUAAAAAUAGAAACAUG